CUGAGUUUUUAUUUUUGUUUUUAUUUUUAUUUUUUCUCCAGUUCUUCGCAAAACUUUGGAUUGGUUCGAUUUCCCAGCCUUAAUACUAUAACCUUUUCCGAUUUUCGUCGGCUUCGCGAUGCUUUGAUGCGGUGAUACUAGCUUAAUCAUAUGCAUUCGGUGCUUAUUUGCUACGAUCGUUUUGCUCAAAUUUUAUUGAUUGUAUAUAUUUGAGGUUAGGAGAUUGAAGGAAGUUUUCUUUUGUUGGCGGGGUUCUCUUUUAAUGCCAAUUGCUACGACUCACUGAAUUCCAAACGGCGAAAAUUAUGUCCUCCUCCUCCCUAUUUGCGACUAGGAAUGUUGCAUAAUACUCAGAUUGUUCGUGGCAAUUUUUGUGAAUCGUGGUUAGCUUUCGAACUGUUUGUAGCAGAAGCUAAAAUAGAUUAUCAAACUCUUCAUAUUGGGUUGAGAUAUCAAAAUCUUCACAUUGGAUUAGUCAAAAGUCAGUGCUUCUUUGUGGAUAAACAUGCAGAAGUCAGAACUCAACUUCCAACCCUUCCUAUAGAAUAGAAGCAAACAUUAUACUGUUAGAGAAGGGUUCUGAACUGCUUUUAAUGGGGGCUCCAAAGCAAAAAUGGACUGCCGAAGAAGAAGCGGCACUGAAAGCUGGAGUAAUCAAACAUGGGGCAGGAAAGUGGCGCACUAUACUUACAGACCCAGAGUUCAGUGCUAUUUUGCGCAUGCGUUCAAAUGUAGAUCUAAAGGAUAAAUGGAGGAAUAUAAAUGUGACUGCAAUAUGGGGAUCCAGACAGAAGGCAAAACUUGCGCUUAAAAGGAACCUACCAAACCCCAAAAAUGAUAACAACCAUAUGGCAUUGAGUACUGCUGUUCAACAUGGUGAAGAAGUUCUUGAUACUAAGCCUCUGGCAGUUGCUGGCGGAAUGCCACAGUCUGCUAAUCCUAAAGAACAAAUAUCUAGGUUGGAUAAUCUUAUAUUAGAGGCCAUAAUCAAUUUGAAGGAGCCGAAGGGUACUGACAGGGCUGCUAUUGCUGCUUACAUAGAGGAGCAUUAUUGUUCUCCACCGAACCUCAGAAAGUUAUUGUCAAUGAAACUGAAGCAUAUGGUGGCUAGUGGCAAAUUGACUAAGGUAAAACACAAAUACAGGAUCACUCAAAAUUCUGCAAUCUCUGAGAAAAGAAGACACUCUAACUUGUUACUCCUGGAAGGGAGGCCCAAAGAUUCCCCAAAAGCGGAGAAGACCAAUGUCAACAUCCUUUCGAAAUCCCAGAUUGACGCAGAGCUAUCAAAAAUGAAGGGCGUGACAGCCCAAGAAGCUGCUGCAGCUGCUGCAAAGGCGGUUGCUGAAGCAGAAGCUGCAAUUGCUGAGGCGGAGGCUGCAGCUAGGGAGGCGGAAGCUGCAGAAGCUGAGGCUGAGGCUGCACAAGUGUUUGCAAAAGCAGCAAUGAAAGCACUAAAAUGCAGAGCACUGCAAAUUUGAUGGUGUGAACUUCAGGCAGCAUCGUCACCAGCUCUCCUCUAUGACAUCUCCUGCCUGUAUCUUGUGUCUGUACAUUUUAUUACAGAAUACAGGCAUGUAAAUUCGCAAUAUGCGGGAUUGAUGGGUGAAACAUUUUGUAAGACUUUUGAGGUCGUUAUACGCUAUAGUUUGGGCCCUUUUAGUUAUAUGGUAAAAGAAAGAGUUUAAGGUGACGAGAACAAAACUCUAUUAGAAUGGAAAAUUUUGAGUGCGGCGUGAUCAGCUCAACAUCGAUAAAUGUACUCAGUCAAUUCUCCAAACGUGUGGAGAGAACAAUUUUUCCGAUAAUGUAAUUCACAAAAUGGUUUUUUAAGCAGUGAA